UUCGCCGUCAAUUCUCUCUCUCUCUCUCUCACUCUAUUCAUUUAUACUUUUCGGAUUCUCACCUACCAUUCUUCAUCCUUUUGCAUCUCCUACCUCUCUCUCUCUCUCUCUCUAAAACUAUAUAUCUUGCUAUGUUUGAUUUUGGGGACGAACUCAUAAUUGGAAGUCAGAGAAUACCAUGGCUCAUAUGGAUCCAACUUCUUGUGAUGCUCCUCCUCAUCAUUUUCCUCUAUUACUUCACCAUCAUCGCUUUAGGACUAGAUCCCUCUCCCACCUCCGCCGCAGCUCCGCUCUCCUCCGCUCUCCUCGUCUCCAAUAACGGAUCCUUUACUCUCCGACCGCCGCCCAGCGCCGCCGCCGCCAGUUCAAGCCGAUUACACAAUUCCAAGUUGCAGGUGGGUGAGAGCCAUGGUAUUAAAGGUGACACAGAAACAAGCACAAGCAGAAGAAGAGUAAGGAGAGAAGAGAUUCAAGAGAAGGAGGGCAGCUCUUCUGUGAAGGAUACAACCCAUGCCCCAGUUUUGGAACAUUAUUACCACCCUUGCCACUAUCUUGGGUUAGCUAAACAAGCUUUUCUCAAGUGUUUGGGGUUGGAUCCCCCUUCUAAAGAUUCUUCCAACACGAGACGCAGAAAAGAACAAUGAUUUGUUUUGCAGGAUGAUGAUUUUAAUGCCAUUACCAGAUGAGCAUGAGAUUGAAGACUGGGUUUUGGAUGACAGAUGGGCUAAGCCAACCAAGGUGAAACCUAGAAGAGACAUAAAAUGUGUAUUUUUUUAACCAUUGUACGUCUCUAACACCACAAUCUCAUGUUAGUGUCGAAGUGUAUUUUAAACAGUGGCAUUAAUGAACUCACAAUUUGAAUUGCAUGUAUUAGAUCAGUCCAAUCAAUUCUUUCUUUUUCUCUGUUUUUUAAGCAUUGUGUUAAAUUGUUGCGAGACAUUGAGAUAUGGCUUAGUCAUAUAUUAGAAGAGAGGCAA